AUGUUAUUAGAGAGUUAUUUUAAAAAAGAUAUGAUAUUACAUUAUCGGGGACGAUAUACCAAGUCUUUACAUGCAAAUCUUGAGAAAAUAGGUAUAUCAAUGCGCGUAGAUGCAGGAGAGAUUGAAAGGUUUUGGAAUGGAGAAGGCAAACAACCUAUGAAAUCAAAGUUACAACGAGAAAAAAGCAAAGUAUAUAUAAAAGGGAAAUUAUUAUAUAGGAAAAAUCUUGUUCAAGAGGUUGACCAGGAUACUUGGAUUGUGUCUUGUUUCAGUACGGAUGCUAAUAUCCAAUAUGUUGCUGACGAAUCGGAUGAAGAUAGUUCGGAUAAAGAAAACUCUGAAUCUCAGGCACCUGGCUUAUUUGAUAAAUGUAAUAUAAAACAGUCAGAAAAAACAUUAUGCGUUACACGUAGAAGCGAAAAAUUCGCUUGUCCAUGUAGUUUCAACGUAAUUUGUGAACACGAUUGUCAGGAUAUUGUAGCUGUCUUUUUUUUUAUUGGAAAAUUGAAAUCACAAAAACCCGUUACAGAAUCAGUUGUAAGCAGCUCUCUCGAGUCUUACCUUCGUCAGAAGGAUGAUAAUGGUCGUAAUAAAAAUGAGCUUAGUUUACCUCAAAAAAGAGGUUCCAAAAAUAAGAGAAAAAAUAGAGUAGUACCAGGAGAGCAAGUUCUUCUUCGAGACACAACUUUGGAUAAGACUUACCAUAAGGUUGAGAUUGUUGAAGUUAUUGGUGAAGGCAUGGUUGUCGUAGGCAUCACUUUCGAAAAUGGUAAUAUGGAUCAACGUAUAGUUCAAUUAGCUGACAUAAUUGGGUAUGCCGACGAACAAUUGUCUAAAGAUUCUCACGGAAACGAUGUUGUUUAUACAAUGCCAUAUGGAGGAAAGAAAGGCGAAUUACACUUAACUUCUACAUGUCCAGUAGAUACAAGCCUCACACUUAUUCAAAGCGUUUUUACUCAGCAAAAUAUCUAUAGUCAAGCAGCAGCUUUUGCUAUCGCUGACCCCAUUUCACGCACACAUCUUCUUAUCAAAGUUUUUGACCGAAUGAAGCAAAAGCAAUGGGUAGAGGCCAAGUUUCUUUGGGUUGAAAGCUUACCAUCAUAUAAUAAGUUAAAAACAGGAUGUGUAAGCUUAUUUGGAAGUCUUUCAGAGCUAUUUUUUGAACAAUUUUUUCACGAUUCCUUGAACUGGAAUCUUCUCAUUGUCAAAAACACUGUAACAACCAUGUGUGAUUCAGAUUAUUGCCCUAAAAAAAUUUUGCCACCAGAAAACUUUUAUGACAUUGUGCUUACACAAAUUGACCAACGACUACCCUUAAUUCUUGUGGUAAAUGUUGCAGGAAUUAAUAUUACUAACGAGGGAUUUUAUCUUGAAAGUAAAGACCUUCCGGAAGAAAUUAGUUUUCCUUCAGAAAGCGCAUAUAUAAAACAAAGAUACCGUCUUAUGGGGGCUUCUUUUUGUAAUGGUAAUCAUCAUGUUGCUGAUGUUCGAUUUGAAAAUGUCAAAAAUGCGGGCUGGUAUCAGUAUGAUGGUUUAGGAAAAAUCUAUCGUGCAAGAGCAAUGCACAUAGGAA